AUGGUGUAUGGUAAAUGUCGCACAUCAAACCUUUUCCAUUUACCAAAAUCAUCCAUUGACUACCACACCUUAAUCUUCCAACAUUCGUCCAUCCCCUUUUUCUCUUCUACUCGCAACAGCUACAAACAGCAGAAAUUCAACCUCUACUUACGAUGCAAGAACAUCACGACAGGUGGUUUCAACUUGGACCCCAAUCGUGUCUUAGACCUCAUCUUGGAGUCCUUGGAGGCACGGCCAUCCCAGCACCAGUUCUACACAGGACUCCUCAAUCAGUACCCCUGUGAGUCAGCUACCAUCAGUGAACUCUUGGGCUUCAAGCUCAACAAUUACGCCUCCAAUGGAAAGGACACCAAGGGGAUCUACACCACGAUAGCACUCCUCAUUCAGGCCAACAUCCUGCAGCUUUCCGAUAUCUACUCAUGGCUGACACCCGAGGACUCCUCCAUGAUUGAGUGCCAUCUGAAGGAGGAGAACGAGGCGAAGGAGAUUGUCAGAAAGCUUAAUGUCAUAUCUACCAAAGACAAGGAUAAAGACAAGGAAAAGGAACAAGAGCGGCAAGAGGAGGAGAGUCUCAAAGAGGAUUUCAAAAAUCAGGAGGUGUAUCUGUCCAAUCAAAAGAUCCAGUUGUGCAUUGCCCUCAUUGAGGUUGGAGCUUGGGAGCAUUUUGUAGAAAUUUCAUCUCGUUUCCCUGACUAUUAUUUGAUGUCUUUUCCUCCUGUGAGUCAAGCACUUUGUCAACUAGUUCAUGCCACAAUUGAACCCAUCUACAGAGAGGUGUGCAAUUUACCAAGCCGACUCAAGGCCUCUCGAGUGAAGCCACUAGACAACCCUCUGGCACCACAACCAGCCAGGAAAUUCAGCGAUGUCAGUGCAACAGUAUUCCCAAUGCUGCUUGUGCUUGGACCACACCUGUACCAUGACCCAGGGCUCAUGUGCAAGGUCCUCAGGGUGGCUCGUGUUGCUCUCAAGGAGACACCAGUAGGAGAAGAUGGUGAACGGUCCAAUUUCUACUUUGAGUUUUUAAGUGUUUUGGAUGAAGUUCUCCUUCCGUCUCUCUCCAUGCUUGACUCAAACCCAUGUCUGGCGGAGGAGAUUUGGGAAACACUCAAGAUAUAUCCCUAUCAGCACAGAUAUAGGUUGUAUGGCCGAUGGAAGAAUGAGUCCUUCACACAGCAUCCCAUGUUGAUGAGGCGCAGGGCUUGGCUGCUCAAGAAAGCUAAGUUCAUUAUGAUGCGCAUCACAAAAGAAACUAUCAAGCCUGUAAGCCGAGGCAUUGGGAAAUUGACGCAUAACAACCCUGGCCCCAUAUUCCAUUAUAUCCUGAUCCAAGUUCAGCUGUAUGACAACCUAAUUGGCCCUGUGGUAGACAGCUUUAAGUACCUGACAUCUCUCUCCUAUGACAUGCUGGGAUACUGCAUUGUGGAAAUCCUCUCAGAGAACAAGGAUAGAACUGCACAUGAAGAGAUGAUCAUCUCACCAUGGCUCCAGUCCCUGUCCAGUUUUUGUGGCACUGUGUUUAAGAAAUAUGUCACAGAUCUCGGAGGCAUCUUACAGUUUGUGGCCAACCAACUCAAGUCUGAAAAAUCCAUUGAUCUCCUCAUCUUACGAGAAAUAGUGCAGAAAAUGGGUGGAACAGAUACUUUAGAAGACCUCACAGCUGAACAGGUUAGGGUGUAG